AUGCUGUCGCUGAGUGUGCCGAGCGAGUCUCUCACCAUCGUUGCGGCAGUAUGCCUUUCACUGGCGACCGCUUCGGUGAUCUUGAGGAUCUGGGUUCGAUCGCACUUUCUGACUAGCGGUCUCCAAGCACGGCCCUCGAUACGACUUCAACUAACUUGUGCCUCUCUUAGGNACGACUGGACGAUUCUCAUCGCCGGCAUAGGCUUCGUCGGCUUCUGUAUCAUCGCCUUUGUCCUUGCCAAUGAGGAAGCCGCAAACCCCGUCUUCUCUCCCGAGACUGGAGAAGGUGUCAUAACCAUCCUUCUUUGUGGCGAAGUCGUCUUCCAAGCCACCUGCCUGGUCUUCAAGCUCUCGCUCACAAUCUUCUUCCGAAAGUUCCUCGUCGUCGAAUGGCAACGAUGGCUGGCUCUGGGCUGCGGUUUCUUCUACUGUUCCACCUGCGUGGUCGGUAUAUUCCUCGCCCUCUUCCAAUGUGGUCUGCCUACCAACCUCAUGCAUAAGCACUUGACAGGCCAAUGCGUUAAGCUGCAGGCCUUCACUGCGCUGCUAUAUGUCCAUGGCAUCCUGUCGGCAGUAACAGAUUGGAUCUUCGCUUUGUUGCCAAUCGUAACACUAUACCGUUCCAACCUCAGUCGCGCGGCAAAGAUCUCCUCGUCUUGUCUUAUGCUGCUCGCUUGCGGAGGUUCCGUAGCGGCUAUCGCGCGCACGGCUGCCACCGGCGACUACCUACUUCGCCCGGCAUACUUUGACUCAAAUCGCCGUCCCAACUACUACGCCGUCUCUGCGCCAAUGAUCAACCUUACCGUCAUCGAAGUAGGACUGGGUAUUACCGCCGUCUCACUCGCAUGUUUGCGACCACUAGUGAGGCGGGUAAAAGUUAUUGGACAACAUUUCACUUCUCGCCUUAUGGGCACAGACAUGUCCAAGACUGAAAUCACAGACGAGGAAGCAACUGUAAAUCUGGUCCAUGUCGACACGAAACAGAUGCAAGGUCCUAUACCUACUGGCUCUUGCUGGAACAGAACACCUGCUCUAGGAGAAGCAACGAAUGCCCCGGUGGAUCUUGAAGCCAGCUGGAACAAGACUCCAGCAUUAGGCGGUACAGCUAACCCACUCGAGGCCAGUUGGAACAAGACUCCAGCUUUGACAGCUGCAGCCAGCGCACCAUCUCUAGGAGCAAGUUGGAGCAAGACUCCGCCCCUGGGAGAUGUAGCAAGUCCGUCACCUUCUCUGGGUGCAAGCUGGAGUAAGACACCGCCUCUAGGGGGAGGUGCAACGAUCCUGGCACCUCUAGGUGCUAGCUUCGACACGACUCCAGCCAUCGGUGCCGUCUCGCCUCCACCAGAUCUUGGAGCUAGCUUCAAUAGAACCCCAGCCAUAGGAGGUUCGACAGAAGAGAUGCCCAAG